CGCCGCCAUGGCCGACUCCGGCGACUCCUCCCCGCUCUCCGCCGACGACGCGCACCACCACCACCCCGACCCCGCCGCCACCAACAACACCAGCCCCCCGGAGGCCGCGGCGCAGGCGGCGGUUCCCCCGCCUGUUCCGGUGCCGGCCAAGGUGCGGCUGAUGGUCAGCUACGGGGGCCGCAUCCAGCCGCGGCCGCACGACAACCAGCUCUCCUACGUCAACGGGGACACCAAGAUCCUCUCCAUCGAGCGCCCGCUCCGCUUCCCCGACUUCGCCGCCCGCCUCGCCGGCCUCGCCGCCGCCCGCGGCGACCUCUGCGUCAAGUACCAGCUCCCCGGCGAGGACCUCGACGCGCUCGUCUCCGUCACCAACGACGAGGACCUCGAACACCUCGUCAUCGAGUACGACCGCCUCCACCUCUUCCGCGCCGCGCCGGGAUCUGGCGGGUCGUCCAGGGGCGGCUCCACGCCCAGGCUCCGCGUCUUCCUCUUCCCCGUCCAGCCCCCGCCGCGCCCGCCCUCCCCGCCCAAGCAGCAGCAGCAGCAGGAGCAGCGCGAGUGGUAUCUCGACCUCAAGUCCGCCAGCCCGCCUCCGCUGCCGCAGGCCUUGCCGUCGCCGACGCAGCAGCUGAACCAGCAGAUGCAGCAGCAGAUGAAGCAGGAGACGGCGCCCGUCCAGUCGCCCCCUCCCGCGGCGCCCAUGGCCGUGCCCCAGUCGGUGAUGAUGGCCUCCAAGACGGGCCCCGACUACCUCUUCGGCUUCGACUACGGAUUCAUGCCGCCGCCUGCGGUCAAGGUCAAGGACCCGGCCGGCGAUCCGCCCAAGAUGAGGGAGAACGUACCCGUCGAGAUCCCGCCCAAAAAUGAAGACAGACACCCCAACCCCAACCCCGCCGCCGACAACAACACCAACAACGCCAUGGUGUCUCCCGCCGUCUCUCCCGCCGAGUUCCCCCGCCAGAUCCCGGACCUCGACAAGCUCCAGCUCGCCGACAACGCCACCCAGCAGCAGCCACCACCAACCCCUGCUCCUGCUCCGGCUCCCCAGGCCGCCCCUGCUGCCCCGGUCAUCACCGCCCCGGCCGCCCCAGUCGCGGCGCCCUUGUCGAGGAACGGCAGCGACGAUUCCCUCACCCGCGCCUACCCUCCUGCCACCCCCACCCCGACUGCCGCAGCAGAGUACUACGUCUCAAAGUUCCCGGAGAAGCCCCCAGUCCCGCCUCCAUCAUCUGCUCCCCCUGCGGCGGCCUUCCUUCCGGUGCCGGGCAGGUAUGGAUCCGUUGCCCCUGGCUCUGGCGCCGACCCUGGGCCUUUCUUCUUCAUCCCGGCGCCGCCCCAUGGCUACUACACCAGCGCCAACCCCGGCGGUACCUCCUACUACGCCGUCGCGCCGCACAACAACGGCAAUGCCAACGGGAACGGCACCGCCCCCGUCCCCGCCGUGUCGAGCGCUCAGGGCUACCCGCAGGUAGCCUACGACAGCAACGGCCGCGCCAUCUACUACACCGGCCUGCUCCCACAGUACCCUUCGGCCGUCAAUGGCGGCGGCGGCGGCAUGUCGGCCUCCUCGGCGGUGCUCGGCACGGAGCCGUCGAAGCCGGUGGCGGUGAAGCCGACCGUGUCGUGAUCGAUCGCCAGCCGGCCUACCGAUCCUAAAUUCAGCAUGGGUUAACAGAGUCUGCCAGCCAAUUUUCGUUCGUUCGUUCGUUGGAUCGUUGGAUCGUCCAAGUCAAUAUGGGGGUUAAAUAUGUCGAAGUUGGGAUUCGUUAUUGUGUCUAGUAAUCCACCUAUAAUUUUUGCCUUUCUUGUUUAGAAGUUUUCGGUUUGGGGUUCGUCCGUGAUAUGCAACUAGGAGUGCUGCUGCUGCUUGGUGUGCUUAGAUGUAUAUACAUCAUCAUCUUCUAUAUCCUUUGUGGACAUAAUGGAUAUUAUAUUAGCCUGCUGGGGAGUUCUUUAGUUAAUUAACUGCAUUUCCUCUGAA